AUGGCGAACAUGAAAAAAUGGCUUCCUGGUGUAUCUCUGCCCCUGAUUCUCAAUGCUCCUAUGCACGGUGCAGCCAAUGGCCCCCUCGCGGCCGAGGUGACAAAAGCAGGAGGACUGGGCUUCAUCCCGGGCGGAAUCAUUCUCUCUAAAGACUCCGACGAUCUGAAAGAUCUUGAACUCCAGCUCACAACGGCACGUCGUCUCCUAGCUCUCGAUGAGUCAUUGGAGAAGCCCAUACCGGUAGGCGUCGGCUUCGUCACAUUCCACCCUUCCGUGGCUCAGUUCGAAGAGUCGGCUUUGCCUAUAAUCCGCAAGCACAAGCCUGUUGUCAUAUGGCUGUUUGCUCCGGAGCCGAACUCAACCACGCACAAGCACUUGAUCAGUCUUCUGCACGGUGCAGGCAGCUCCUGGAACCUCAAGGUCUUGGUCCAAGUCGGGUCGGUUGCAGCUGCCCGGGAUGCGAUCGAGAGUGGCGCCGACGGCGUCGUUGCGCAGGGCGUAGACGCGGGAGGCCACCAAUGGGCGCAGGGUGCCAGUAUCGUCUCACUGGUGCCUGAAGUCCGUAAUCUUAUUAGAGAAGAGUUCCCGGGUAAAGACGUGGCUUUGAUUGCGGCGGGUGGCAUUGCGGAUGGUAGCGGUGUGUCAGCUGCCCUGUCUCUUGGAGCUGAAGCAGCUGUUAUGGGCACUAGAUUCUUGGUUGCCAAUGAAGCUGGAACUUCUAAGGAAAUGAGACAAGUUGUCCUAAGUGCCACCGACGGCGGGUCCAGUACUGUCAAAUCUUACUUGCACGAUGAUGUUCGAGAAAACAGCAUUUGGCCUAAGCUUUAUGACGGACGAGCGGUAUUGGGGCCGUCGAUUAUUGACGAAAGAGCUGGAGUUUCGCUAUCCCAAAAUAUCGCUAAGCUUAAAGAGGCACAAGCAUCAGGGGAUAAGUCUAGAAAUGUGUUCUGGUCUGGAACUGGAGUUGGCUUGGUGGACAAGAUCCAACCUGCUGGAGAUAUUGUCCGAGAGACUCGACUCCAGGCAAUUGAAAGAAUUAAAGAGCUAAGUGUCGUCUACGAAGAAGCUCUGACACGCUGA